AUGUUUAACCGCGGGAGGAAGAUCGUGACCAAGGUAGUGGUGAGCGCGGAUGCGGAACUACAGCAGCGGUUCGAGGAGAAGGAGCGGGAGAAGCGGAGGGAGAAGGAGAAGGAGAAGGACCGAGAGAAGCCAGGCCCCCGGCCGUCGGAGUGGGAUUAUUUGACGACCGUCGUGCAGCAGAACCGCGUCGCGCAGCGAAAGCUCCAGGCGAUUGCGGGGGCGGAAUCGUCUCCCGCAGCCGCAUCAACAGCCGCCGCCGCGCCUUCAGCUGCGCCUGCAGGGGGGGAGGCGGAAGCGGAGGAUCAAUCCAACGGUGGAGAUGUGCAGUCGUACAUGCAGCACGCUCAACGGCCAGGAUACGUCCAACAGCACGGCUCUCUGCUGUUCCUGGAAGAAAGGAGCUACAGAAUCCUGGCUGUAGCGGAAAAUAUCUUUGACUUUUUUGACCAGCCAGAUCGGGGGAAUGGGGAGAAGAAGGCGGGAGAGGAGAGGGAAGAGGAGACGGAGGAGGGGAAUGGGGAGGGAGGGAGGGAAAAAGCGGAAGGAGGAGGGGGGAAGGGCGGGGCCGUGAGGAGUCUGCUGGGCCAAUCAUGUCGCUGCUUGAUGACAGAGCAGACGUUUGCCUGCCUGGUGGCGGCGUGUGAGAGCUCGGAUCCGCAGCUGUCGAACCCCAUCCUGCUCAAGACAGUGCGACGAGCCCUCCCCUUCCACCCGGCCCACCCUCCCCCUCCCCCCGCGGUCCACCCUCCCCUUCCCCUCCCCCCGUGGCCCACCCUCCCCCUCCCCCCGCGGCCCACCCUCCCCCUCCCCCCGCGGUCCACCCUCCCCCUCCCCUCCCCCUGCGGCCCACCCUCCGCCUCCCCACCCCAUUAUCGCACUGACGAGGGCCUGGUGGUUGACUUAGAGCCGUGCAUGGGAGGGGAGGAGUGGGCAAUUAUCCGUGCGUGGGAGGGGGGAGCGGAGGGAGGAGGAGUGGACUGUCACGGUCUUGUGGCAUGCCCGGCACUAGAGUGUCGUUUCCCUUUUAUGUUCCGUCCCCCCCCUUGUCUUCCUCACCCCCCAUCAGCCCACCCCCUGUACGCCAUAGUGCAUCGCACUGACGAGGGCCUGGUGGUUGACAUAGAGCCGUGCGUGGGAGGGGAGGAGUGGGCUGGGAGGUGGAAGAAGAAGAAGAAGGGAGGGAAGGCGGCGGCACGUGCGAGUGAGGCACGAGGGAAAGUCGAGGUGGGGAGUGUGGGGGAAUCAGGAGGAAAGGCAGGUAGCGGUAUAGAGGAUGCGUCUGGAAAGGGUGGGGAGGGGAAGGACGGAGUAGUUUCGUGGAGGUGUUUGAAUGGGUAUGCGCAGGGUGGUGGUGGAGAUGAGAGCUGUCAGAAGGAAGGGGAGAAGCCGGAGAAAGGAGAGGAGGAAGAGAAGAAAGGGGAGAAGGAGGAGAAGGGAGGGGAAGAGGAAGAGGAAGAGAAGCAAGGGGAGGAGGGAAAGAAAGGGGAGGAGAAGGAACAGGAUGAGGAGGAGGAAGAGGAGGAGGAGGAAGAGGAGGAGGUCGUCGAUAUGUCGAUGCUGGAGUGGUCAGCUCUGGACAAGCACGAGAGGACGAGUGCGAGUAUUGCCAAGCUGCAAGACAUCGAUGACGACAUGCCUAAGCUGUGCAACACGCUUGUGCAGGAAUUGCGGGAGCUGGCAGGGUACGACCGCGUUCUGCUGUACCAGUUCCAUGAGGACCUGCACGGGGAGGUCGUGGCAGAGGCCAAAGCAGAGGCUCAGGCGUCUCUGUUGGGGCUGCACUACCCUGCGACUGAUUGCCCUCAGAUCUACCGUACGAUGUUUGUAGAUAUGCGGCUGAGAUUGAUCGCAGACGUCGCGGCACCAGACGUGCACAUCAUCCAGCACCCCUCCCUCGUCAAGAACAUCAGCCUCUCCAAGUCAACGCUCAAGGGCGUGUCCAGCUGUCACAAGGAGUACUGCGCAAACAUCGGCAUCGGGGCGUCACUAGUCAUGGCGAUAGUGGUAACCACACGGGGCCCGCAGAGCACCAGUGUGCGCAAGCUGUGGGGGCUGGUGGUAUGCCACCACAUGGCGCCGCGCUUCCUCCCCUACCCACAGCGGUUCGCCUGUGACUUCCUGCUGCAGGCCUUCGCCCUGCAGCUAGCCAUGGAGUUAGAGGCGGCAGAGCAUGCAGCGGAGCGCCGCACGAUGCAGAUGCAGGCUAUUCUGUGCGGCAUGCUGUCCAGGGACGUACCUCUGGGGCUGGUGCGACAGAGCCCCAACAUCAAAGACCUGGUGCCAUCGGACGGGGCGGUGCUGCUGCAUGCGGGCAGGGCAUGGUGGGUGGGGGCGUGCCCAGCAGAGGACGACAUGAAGGAGAUAGCGCGCUGGCUGCGCCUCAAAGACACCCACCUGCUGCAACACACCGUCUUUGUCACCAACUCUCUGGAACAAGCUGGGCUGCCCUUCGCGUCUCGCCUCGCCCCGGCUGUCUGCGGGCUCGCUGCUGCCAUGGUGUCGAGCCGAGGAGACUUCCUCAUGUGGUUCCGAUCUGGCAUUGAGAGGAACAUUACUUGGGCGGGGCACAAGGACUCGCAUACAGUGAGAGAGGGCGCCACCAUGCAUCCCCGCAACUCGUUUGCGGCGUAUCUUGAAGUGGUGAAGCUGCAGAGCCAGCCCUGGACUGAUGCUGAGGUGGACGCCAUGCAAGGGCUGCGCCUCAUAGUGAAGGACUCGCUUCCCCACCCUGAGCCUCAAGACCUGAAGCUCAAGAUCCAGGCCCAGCUGAAUGCAGAGCGGCUCACCAUCCAGUCACAGCUCAAAGAGGUCGCCAAGACACUAGAAAACCAGCUCGAAUCCGCCCACACGCCCAUCAUCGGCAUCAGCAGCGACGGCACCGUUACCGAGUUCAACAGCAAGGCCGCCCACAUCACGCGGCGGGCCAAGAGCGAGGUUCUCGGGAGCAACUUCUUUGCGAGCGUGCUGGCUCCCGAGUCUCAUGCGCACUUUGUGGCUGCUAUGGAGGUGCUGGCGGAAGGGGAGGACGUCCAGCCGUUUGAUGUGGCUCUGCUGGCGCGGUCUGCUGAUUCUGUUGAUGCUGCCGCUGCUGCUGAUGCUGCCGCCGCUGCUGCUGCCGCCGCCGCCGCUGCUGCUGCUGCUGCUGCUGCUGCUGCUGCUGCUGGUGGUAAUGGAGCAGGUGGAGCAGGAGGAGGGGCAGGAGGAGGAGGAGGAGGAGGAGGAGGAGGAGGAGGAGGAAGGGGAGGAGGGGUGGUGGGGGAGUUGGAUCGGUUGGUGCAUGUGUUGGUGAGCGCGUAUGGGCAGCACGACCGGCACGGGAACCUGAUGAGCGUGCGGCUGAUGGGUCAAGACAUCACCGCGCUUAAAGUGCUGGCUGGGGAGGUGAGUAGGGGUGGAUAUCACUCACACACACAGGGCCAUGGCAACCUGAUGAGCGUGCGGCUGAUGGGUCAACACAUCACCGCGCUUAAAGUGCUGGCUGGGGAGGUGAGUAAGGGGGGAGGCGAGGGGAUGAAGGGGGGAGCGGGAGGGGGAUGGGCAUGUGAUGAGGUGACUUUUGAGUCGACUCACGAGUCACUGCGAGUCAUGGGGCGUCACGCCACCGCGCUCAAUGUGCUGGCAGGGGAGUACAAGAUGCCCGAAGCGGAGGCUCGGGCAGCUGUGGACCAAUCAGAUCUCUUGGUUUUCACGGUGGACGAGUGCGGGCGGGUGACCGAAUGGAAUGCUGCCAUGGAGCAGAUCAGCGGGCUGCCCCGAGAAAAAGUUGUGGGGAGGCGACUUGUGGGGGAGGUGCUUAGCAGCAAUCCCAUGCUGCUCAUUCCGGACCAGGUGAGAAACGGUGCUGCUGAUUCCGACCAGGAUAACUUGGUAAUGUUUGAGAUCGCCCUCUGUCAGGCUCUCAAUGGGAGGGACACGAGGAACCACGAGCUGCAGCUCAAGACGUGGGAUGGCCGCCCCAUGGACACUCUCCUGCACAUCAUCAGCAGGCGCUCCCCCACAGGCGAGCCGGUGGGAGCGACGUGCUUCAUGCAAGAUGUGGUAGAGAGGCGAGCAGCAGAGAAUGCAUCGGCUAUGAAGAUGGUGGCAGAGGCGGCCAGCCAGGCCAAGACCAUGCAGCUGGCGUGCUUGUGCCACGAGGUCAAAACUUGGGGGCUGGCGUGGGCAGCAGAGAAUGCAUCGGCAAUGAAGAUGGUGGCAGAGGCGGCGAGUCAGGCCAAAACCAUGCAGCUGGCAUGCUUGUGCCACGAGGUCAAAACUUGGGGGCUGACGUGGGCAGCAGAGAAUGCAUCGGCAAUGAAGAUGGUGGCAGAGGCGGCGAGUCAGGCCAAAACCAUGCAGCUGGCAUGCUUGUGCGCAGAGGGGUUGAGUGCGAUGGUGGCAGAGGCCGCAGCUGGCAUGCCUGUCCCCCAUGCAGCUGGCAUGCCUGUCCCCCAUGCAGCUGGCAUGCCUGUCCCCCAUGCAGCUGGCAUGCCUGUCCCCCAUGCAGCUGGCAUGCCUGUCCCCCAUGCAGCUGGCAUGCCUGUCCCCCAUGCAGCUGGCAUGCCUGUCCCCCAUGCAGCUGGCAUGCCUGUCCCCCAUGCAGCUGGCAUGCCUGUCUCCCAUGCAGCUGGCAUGCCUGUCCCCCAUGCAGCUGGCAUGCCUGUCCCCCAUGCAGCUGGCAUGCCUGUCCCCCAUGCAGCUGGCAUGCCUUUCCCCCAUGCAGCUGGCAUGCCUUUCCCCCAUGCAGCUGGCAUGCCUUUCCCCCAUGCAGCUGGCAUGCCUGCCCCCCAUGCAUCCUUGCCCUCCACCCCCUUUCCCUUCCUGCAUCCCCGCAUGCACACCCCAUGCAUGCCACGCCUAAUCUGUGACGCUACCCUACAUCCCCCACAUGUAAUCCCCCACCGUCAGGUCCUCAACCCUCUGAACGGCAUCCUCUCCUCCAUCAGCUUCAUGGAGGGCACAGAGAUGUCGUCAGAUCAGAGAUAUUCAUCUGCUUCACCCCAUUGGCCCUGUGCCCAGCGCCCCAAUGCGUCUCUCUCCCCACCCAACCCACCCUUCCCUGCCUGCAUCCCCUCCCCCCGCAUCAUCACCCCGCAUCAUCACCCCGCAUCAUCACCCCGCAUCAUCACCCCGCAUCAUCACCCCGCAUCAUCACCCCACAUCAUCACCCCCCAUCAUCACCCCGCAUCAUCACCCCGCAUCAUCACCCCGCAUCAUCACCCCGCAUCAUCACCCCGCAUCAUCACCUCGCAUCAUCACCCCGCAUCAUCACCCCGCAUCAUCACCCCACAUCAUCACCCCGCAUCAUCACCCCGCAUCAUCACCCCGCAUCAUCACCCCGCAUCAUCACCCCGCAUCAUCACCCCGCAUCAUCACCCCGCAUCAUCACCCCGCAUCAUCACCCCGCAUCAUCACCCCGCAUCAUCACCCCGCAUCAUCACCCCGCAUCAUCACCCCGCAUCAUCACCCCGCAUCAUCACCCCGCAUCAUCACCCCGCAUCAUCACCCCGCAUCAUCACCCCGCAUCAUCACCCCGCAUCAUCACCCCCAUCAUCACCCCGCAUCAUCACCCCGCAUCAUCACCCCGCAUCAUCACCCCGCAUCAUCACCCCGCAUCAUCACCCCCAUCAUCACCCCCAUCAGAUCCGCAACCCUCUGAACGGCAUCCUCUCAUCCAUCAGCUUCAUGGAGGGCACAGAGAUGUCAUCCGACCAGCGGGACCUGCUGCACGCCACCUCGGCGUGCGGCAAGUACCUGCGGAGGGUGGUGGACAAUGUGUUGGAUCUGAGCAAGCUCGAGAAGGGGAAGCUGGAGGUGGAGAGCCGGCUAGCACCGAAGUAUCUGCGGAGGGUCGUGGACAAUGUAUUGGAUCUGAGCAAGCUAGAGGAGGGCAAGCUGGAGGUGGAGAGUGAACCGUUUGAGCUCAUUCACGUGGUGGACGCCGUGAUUGCACAGCUGGAGGUGGAGAGCGAGCCGUUUGAGCUCAUCCACGUGGUUGACGCCGUGAUUGCACAGGUGGAACAUGAGAAUGCGGGCAACGACAAGGGCCUGCAGGUGUUUUGCUCGGUGAAGCCGCAGUGUGCCGAUGUGAUUGUAAAGGGCGACAAGCAGCGCGUGCAGCAGAUCGUUGCAAACUUCCUGUCCCUUUCCCGCUACCCUCCACCUUCUCCUCCUCAACUCCCCUCCCUUCUCCCCUCCCGCUGUUCGCGCGUCCCCUGUUCUUCUCCCACCUUUCCGGCCCGUUUUACCCACGCCAGGAGCAUGAGAAUGCGGGGCGACAAGCACCGCGUGCAGCAGAUUGUCGCAAACUUCUUCCGUAACGCAGUGGAGUACACCCAGCAAGGCUGGAUCGAGGUGCAGCUCUAUAAAGCAUCCGGCGAAGUGGCUUCUAAGGAGUAUGGAAGAGACGCGCUGGCCGGAAGGCUCGUGCCCGGCCAGCAGACUGGGCAGCGGACCGGGCAGGGCCGAAACGUUUCGGCUGACGGGGAGGAGAUUUUUUCGUUCGUCUUUUGUGUGGCGGAUUCAGGCCCGGGGUUGAGUGAGGAGCAGCGGCAGCAUGUGUUUUCGGGCAUGGAUCCUAGCUUGGCACCAGCCAUCUCCAGUGGUGCUUCUGACACUGAAUCGCGCAGCUCCUCUGCCCCAGCGGGAUCAGGCCUGGGGCUUAUCGUAAGUCAGAAGCUCGCCUCACUCAUGCACGGCACUCUCUCCUGCGACUCUACCCUCUCGCAAGGCUCCUCCUUCCGCCUCUCCCUCUCGCUCCCCUUCGCCGGCCGUUCCAAUCACGCCGACCCUGCUGACGCUGGCGCUGACAUGGCGGCGGGCCAUGCCAGCCUGGCGCCAGGUGGCAUGAUGAGCUGUUACUUGAGCAACCGGGUGAAAGGGGUGGUGUAUUCGUCGGUGGGGGUGUGGAGUAGUGCCGAGGAGAUAGCAGCUGCACCAGUUGUACCUCCCUCUCUCUCCAGAAGCCUCCCUGCUUCUCUGUCUACCCCAACUGGCACGGCUGCUGGUGCUGCUGCUGCAGGGAGGGUGCAGACUGGACCAGGCUUAUCUGGAGCAGGCUUAUCUGGAGGAGCACAUGUGACAGCUGGAAUGGCAGGCAUGACCCUUACUGGAGCACCCUCUCGUGGCGAGCCCCUCACUUUCUCCAUGCGCUCACUCCGCCUCGCCGUCCCCCAGGCCGCCGCCACCACCGCACCAGUGGUCGAGCUGGCAGCUGACGUGGCGGAGGCCACGUCAGCAGUGGAGGAGCUGCCGCUACAGUCAGCAGAGGACAUCAAGGCGGCGCGGAAGGAGGAGCAGCGGCGCAAGCGAUUGGUGCAGAAGAGGAAGCUGAGGAAGAAGGGCAGAUGGCCGCCCUCCAAGAUGAAGCAGCACCAGAAUGUGUAA